CUUUUGCUUGUUUCCCCAGGUGGAGGCGGACAAGUAGCUGAAGGAGCAAAUCAAAAUGGCGAGCCAAGAGGAGUCUGUGAGGGAGUUCGUUGCUGUUACUGAUGUGGACGAGGAGAGGGCCCGGUUUUUCCUGGAGUCCGCCGGCUGGAAUUUGCAGCUUGCACUCGCCAGUUUCUUUGAGGAUGGAGCUGACGACGACAUAGUGACGCUUCCUCAACCUGAGGGAGGUUCCUCAGUGUCCAGGUCUGCUGGGCCCAGCACUCAGCCCAGAGUAACCUCCUUCAGAGAUCUGAUGCAUGAGGCAGAGGAGGAGAGUGAUGAGGAGGAAGGUCAAAGGUUUUUUGCGGGGGGAUCAGAGCGCAGCGGGCAGCAGAUUGUUGGGCCUCCCAAGAAAAAGAGCACCAACGAAGUGGUGGAGGAUUUGUUCAAAGGGGCAAAGGAACAUGGGGCUGUGCCUCUGGACCGGGCUGGCAGAGGGCCAGGAGAGCCCAGCAAAGCCAAGGCCUUUGUUGGUGGAGGCUACAGGCUAGGCGCAGCUCCUGAGGAGGAGUCAGCCUAUGUGGCUGGGGAGAGGCAUGCUUCCAAAAGCCAUCAGGAUGUACACGUGGUGCUGAAGCUGUGGAAGACAGGUUUCAGUCUUGAUAAUGGUGAGCUCAGAAACUACAACGAUCCUGGAAAUGCCAAUUUCCUUGAGGCAAUCAGAAGGGGGGAGAUUCCCCUCGAGCUGAGACAGCGGUCUCGAGGGGGCCAAGUCAACCUAGACAUGGAGGACCACAGGGACGAGGACUUCUCCAAACCCAAGGUGGCCUUCAAGGCCUUUGGAGGUGAAGGACAGAAGUUGGGAAGUGCCACCCCAGAGUUAAUUUCAGCACCAGCCACCUCCCAGCAGGACCAGGCUGCCAACGAGGCUCAAGCCAGCGCCUCAGUGACCCUCGACUCCUCCCAGCCCGUCACUAACAUUCAGAUCCGACUGGCCGAUGGCGGCAGGCUGGUCCAAAGGUUCAACUAUACCCACAGGGUGUCUGACCUACGCCAAUUCGUGGUGGAGGCUCGGCCCGCCAUGGCUGCCAGAGAGUUUGUGCUCAUGACCACCUUCCCCAACAAGGAGCUGUCAGACGAGAGCCAAACCCUGGAGCAGGCCAACCUCCUCAACGCUGUCAUCGUCCAGCGGCUACAAUGAGGGGGAGAGUAACAGCACCCCUCCCCGCCCCCCUGGUGGUGUGGCUGAGUAACUGCAGCUCUGAGAAACCUGCUGCCCCUUCUGAGAGAGGAGAAAACACAGACUUAUGUAUGGACUUCUAAUUUCUGAUUUUUUGUUUUUCUAAAGUGAAACAUAACAUUCUGCUCCCCAGACCCCCACUCUCAACCUCCCCCCCUGUGGUCUGUGACGGGCAGUUACGAGGGGGAAACUUAAAAUCUUCCAGAAUGAAACAGAGUUCAUUUAAGAGCUGUUGGAAAGCCUACACAUGCUGAUUGAAUUGUGGUUUUGAUGGGGAUGUGUAUACCUGACAGCAGUAGAUGGUUUAACCCAAGAAUACAGCAGCGGUCCAGCUUUCUGCAGAGCAGUUUGUUCACUAAACCCAGCUCUUAUUUCCUUUAACUUGCUCCUCACGUUUCCUCUUCUAUUAACCUUUAUUUAGCUCUUCAGCAAUGUUUACUAUCAAGUGCUGGGGCCUCACCACAUCCACGCAGCAGCAGACUCCAAGUUUGUUUCUGUCUCAACAGCACAAACCAGAACCACAUAAGGAAUACUAGUCUUGUUAAGGUAAAAGUACAUGUUCAAUAAUGUGGUUUUGAACAAGUUUCCAUUUCUCUCCACAUAUUGUUUUCGGAGAGAGAAGUGUAACAGUGUAACAAAACAGAGGGGAUUUUUCUCCAACCAACCUCUACCAGUAGCCUUACGCUCCUUCAUUCACCUCCAGAAGCACCCCCAUCCCUUUGUUCAAAUGAAGAUGGAAUUAUUUUUUUAAACUGCCUUUCCCCCCCUCUAUUUCUUUAUUUUCCUUUACAGACUGUAGGAUUGUCCCAGUUAGACAGUGGCAUUUUGAUAUUGUGUAACAUGAAAAAGAGUUACACAAGGCUUUAUUGUCAAACCAAUGGUUGAGCUAAACAACAUAGAUUGUAAACACUGGUUUGUAGAAGUGGAAGUUGAAUUCCUGACACACUGACAUCUUCUAUGCAUCCUGGGGCAACACAGAAAUAUGUUUGGACCUCUGGUAAAAUAAAUCCAUUUUAUGGUUGAUGUAUAAAGAA